AUUGGUCGAGAGCUAUGAUCUCGCCUCGGCCGCCCGUGGCCGUUUUUUUAGUUCUUUUCACAAAUGACGUUAUACCCGUGUAUCAACUGAACAGGCAACGGUUAAAUGUAAUCUAUUUGUUAAUUUAAGCCUCGGCUCAAUUAAACAGGCAAUGAAGACACCGUAAACUGGAGCAGAGGCUGCAAAGCGAAGAGGCAUAGGCGAUGUAAAUAAUGACGUCAUCAGCCACCCAUUGGGUUGAAGUUAUACGAGCUACGUUUUCUGGUGAUAUAAUACCAUAUUAUUUUAGUUGAACGCGUUUCGGUUAAACAAUAAGCUCUUAAAUUGCGUUGUCUUGGCUAAAAUUGACUUCACUUCUCAUUGAAAGUGCAAUUAUGGGUUCCUAUUUACUGAUAGUAACCUUUGUGAUGGGAUUGUGUGUUAAUUGCGGUGCUUUACACUAUAAUAUAGCAACGUUUAGUCAGGUUGUUGAUCAUUUUAAUUGGAAUAUCAAUUUGACGUUUGAGCAGCGAUACCUGUAUUCAAAUGUGUACUGGCAUGCUGAUGGACCGUUUGUGGUUUACACUGGUAACGAAGGUAACGUUGAAGGCUACUGGGAAAACACGGGAUUUGCCUUUGAAAUCGCUAAGCAGUUAAAUGGAUACAUCCUUUUCAUAGAGCACAGGUAUUACGGACAUUCUCUACCUUUCGGCCAAAAGUCUUUUGAUCAUGACAAAAUUGGUUAUUUAUCGAUAGAGCAGGCUAUUGCGGACUAUGCUGUAGUGAUACAACACAUUAAGAAAAAGCUGGGAGCUACAGAAAAUGCCGUGAUUGCUUUGGGUGGAAGUUAUGGUGGAAUGCUAAGUGCUUAUUUACGAUUUAAAUAUCCUAAUGUUGUGGACGCAGCUUUGGCAGCAGCUCCCAUAUACCUCGCAGCAGGUUUAGCAAAUAACCAUUCAUUUUGGGAGGUGGUGACCGCUGACUUUAAGGCUGCGAACGAGCAAUGUCCUAGUAGAGUACAGACUGCUUUUUUGGAAUUGAAAAAACUUCGCGAUUCUGGUCAAUUGGUGGAGAUUUCAAAGAAAUUUCGACUUUGCUCCAACUUGGUUUCUGACAAGCAAGUUGACUAUCUCAUUGGUUGGAUAAGAAAUGCGUUUGCAAGCAUGUGCAUGGGUGAUUAUCCAUACUCCGCUUCUUUCUUUGGAAAUCUCCCAGCAAAUCCAGUUAAUGUUUCCGCCAAUCUCAUCAUGCAAGCGGAAGAUGCUCUCGAAGGACUAGUCCUUGGUACUGGACUCUUCUACAACAGCACAAAUAACAAUACUUUAUCAUGUUUUGAUCCAUUUACAGAGUAUUACUUUUGUUCUGAUCCGACGGGUUGUGGAUUGGGUCCAAACAGUUUGUCAUGGGACUACCAGGCUUGUACAGAGAUACUCCUUUCUAGCGGUACGAAUAAUAUCACGGAUAUGUUUACACCGUUACCUUGGACACUAGACAUGAGAGCAGAGUAUUGUUUAAAGACAUGGGGUAUCAGGCAAAGACCUGGUUGGUUCGCCACUUCACUGUGGGGGAAUUCUAUCCAAUCUGCAUCUAACAUUAUUUUUUCAAAUGGUGAGCUUGAUCCAUGGAAAAACGGUGGAGUUUUAGAGUCUCUCUCGGAUACAAUUAUUGCUUUAUUGAUAGACGGUGCAGCGCAUCAUCUUGACUUGAGAUCAGCCAACCCGAAAGAUCCUCCGGCUGUUGUUGCUGCAAGAGAAGCUGAGCUGUUUUUCUUGAAGAAAUGGAUUUCAAGCGCAAGAGAAAAUCAUAAAAUAACAUAAACGUUCCGUGUUUUUGUUGAGCGAAUAGUUAAAAAAACAACUAUCGUGAUCUUUGGUCUGAUUUAUUCGUAUUAUUACAAGUUUAACACAGCAUUUUGUAGAAUUUUAAUAAAUUAAUACUAAAUCUGUCGAA